CUCGAUGAUAUGCAGUUGGCACAGCGCUGAACGAACUGAUUCUUCCCUCUCUCCUCGUGUCAUCACAUAUCAAGAUGGCUAAGGCUGCUGACAAGAAGGCGACAAAGCCCACCUCAAGCGGUGGUGGUAAGAACAAGAAGAAGAAGUGGUCCAAGGGAAAGGUGAAGGACAAGGCCAACAACGCCGUUGUCUUUGACAAGACCACCUACGACAAAUUGUUCAAGGAGGUCCCCACCUACAAGCUUGUUACCCCCUCCGUCCUUGUUGACCGUCUGCGUAUCAACGGUUCUCUUGCCCGUAUCGCCAUCCGUGAACUCGAGGCCAAGGGUUUGAUCCGCCUUGUCGACCACCACAACUCCCAGCUUAUCUACACUCGUGCUACCAAGGCCGACGACGUUGAGGAGAAGGGGGCUAAGAAGGCUGAGGCGGCUGAUGAGGAGUAAAUCCCUUUCUUGCCUGUACAUUUUAAUACAUUGCUCUUGGGAAACUGGGUGGCCAUUACUGGUUGGCGUUUAAAGUGACCAACUGAGACUCUAGUCUUCAGUGGUAAAUGACGUAUUACUGGGAGAGGAAGG